AUGAUCAUCACCAACACAAAGAGAAGUUGUCCAUCUUGCAAAGUAAUUCUCUCCCACGCUGGAGGUACCUUGCCUUUCUUGAUCACGCGUAUGAGUACGGUGUCCAAGGAAAGUGUCGCUACAGUUCGCAUUUACGGAAAGACGUCCGAGGGGAUCGUGGAAGACUUCCGGUCGUUUUACUUUGACUUGGCUCUUUCUAGCUCUGAGGCCGUGCUCAAGCUAGUUUUAGAUGUCAUUACUCAUGAUCAUAUUCUUUACGGUUCGGACUUCCCUUACGCGUCGACUGACAAAUCAACUGGCUUCAAGCAAAUUUUGAACAAUUUUCCCCUGGACCAGGAAUUGCGGGACAAGAUUUAUUUUCAAAACGCUCACAAGCUCUUCGCAAAGGCAGAGUAG